AUGGCGGUGAUUCUUCUGCCUUUGUGUGGCGCGCUUCUGCUUUGUUUGUUACCAGGAAAAAGCGUGUCUGCUCAUCGAUUGGCAGCUUUAACAGUUACCUUAAUCACACUGCUCUUGAGUUUGCUCUUAUGGGCGCAAUUUUUGCCUAACAGUCCUGAACCUUUUCAGCAAGUGGUAGGCUUGGCUGGAAGUUGGAAUGGGACUCUCUGGGUUCGUCUAGAGUUUGGUCUCGAUGGACUAAGUCUUUGGAUGGUCUUGUUGACGGCUUUCUUAAUGCCUUUGGCGGUUCUGUGCAGCUGGCGAACUCAGAAAGACCAUAGCCAAGCCUUUUUCGCACUGAUGCUAGUCCUAGAGACUUGUCUCUUGGCCAGCUUUACUUGUUUAGAUUUGCUUGGUUUUUAUGUGUUUUAUGAAUGUUCUUUGUUGCCCAUGUUUUUGCUGAUUGGGUUAGGUGGUUCUCGACCUCGCAAAGUGCGUGCUGCCUACUUGUUGGUAAUUUAUACUUUGGUGGGAAGCCUUGCCAUGUUGCCGUGUCUUCUGUUAAUGUAUAGUCAAGCAGGAUCUACCAGUUUCUUGCUGUUGGCAGCGGAAAGCUGGGCACCCGCACGACAAUAUGUGCUUUGGUGGGGUCUGUUCUUAGCCUUCGCUGUGAAAGUUCCUAUGGUUCCCCUGCAUCUUUGGCUACCAGAAGCUCACGUAGAAGCCAGCACUGCAGGUUCUGUAUUGCUAGCAGGAGUUCUUCUUAAACUAGGUAGCUAUGGGUUGUUAAGAUUCAGUCUGCCGCUUUUCCCAGAAGCCAGCGCUUAUUACGGACCUCUAGUUCUUUGUUUAUGCAUGAUUGGAUUGACUUAUGCAAGCUUAACCACUUUACGUCAAGUAGACUUAAAAAAAGUAAUUGCUUAUAGCAGUAUUGCUCACAUGAGUAUGGUCAUUAUUGCUCUGUUCACUUUGAAUGAGAUUGGAGCAAUCGGAGCCACUUUUAUGAUGUUGGCUCACGGGGUAGCCAGCCCAGCGCUCUUCUUGCUAGUGGGAGCCAUCUAUGACCGUGCGCAUACCAAAGCCUUGAAAUACCUGGGAGGUGCUGCGACCGCCAUGCCUGUGUUUAGUUUGAUGUUCUUUGUGUUCAGUUUGUGCAACAUGGCAUUACCAUUGAGCCCGAACUUUGUUGGAGAGUUUUUGUGCUUAUGUAGCGUUUUUGCUCAUCAUUUAGGUGCGUUAGCUGCUGCUCUGUUUGCGGUUAUUUUAAGUGCCGCUUACACUAUGUGGGCCUACGCACGAGUGGUUCACGGAAUGCCCAAACCUCAGUAUUUUCAAGCCCUGGCGGAUUUGAAUCGACGCGAGGUCUGGACUUUGCUGCCUUUGCUGGGUCUAGCUUUAUGGUGGGGGUUGAAACCUAACCUAGUUCUUGACCAAAUCUCUUCCAAUAAAGCAUGA